AUGGCACACACAGUUGGAAAGUAUGAAGAACCUGUAGAUGUCAAUGCCAGUGCUGGUGAAACUAUUCCCGAUGACAGAAACUACCUGCCAACAGCACCCACUGGUCCAUACCUUGAGGCUCAAGAUGAAACACCAAAUAUCAUACCAACUGUUUCAGACAUCGAAGAAGCACAAGAGCCACAGCCAAAAAGUGAUUUACCACGCUCUGAUGUCGAUUCAUGCAGUCAAGCAGCCUCAGUCAAUCUUCACGGAGACGCGUUUAAUGAAGGACAUGACUCAGUGUCCCUUUCUCUUGUUCCUGAUGAAACAACUUUCCAUGCCGCGUCUGACAAGCUAACAACUGAGAGAGAGAGAAUGAGCUCGCAUUUUACAAGCCAUGUGGAGGGAGAAGCCCGAAAUGAAGAAGGCGCUAAAGCGUCGAACUCAAAUUCGAUUGCAGGGCCCUCGAGUGCCUGCAUAGAGAGAGCUGCGCAGAAUGGCGCUGGAAUCGAUAUCAACACAAACGCUCUCAAGAGCGCGCGAAGCUCGAUGGCGGAAGUUAGUGAGAUGGCGGAGAAUCAAAUGAAUGAAGAGAACAAACCAGCUACAGGAAUAGCCUCAGUGAAAAACACAAGCGUAAAGGAUCGAAGAAACGAAAGUGUUGAAAUCCCCGCGUUGGCUAUCCCGCCGGAGUCGUCGAUACAACCAAGGGCUCAAGAACCAAGCGCAUUACCCAACCAUAGGCCAGAUGUGUCUGCUAUGACAGAUGUGUCUGCUAUGACAGAUGCAUUCCUCUUUCGCGGUAAGAAUGUAUUCUCAAAGACGACGAAAUCCAACCGCAAAGUCGAUGUGUCUGAAAAUAUUUUCAAGUCUGGUGUUUCUCAAGGCAAGCUUAUCUCCGGUAACACUUUUUCUGAUGCACCCUCAGCAGCACCGUUGCCACUUCUGGGGAAGAAUCAAGCUGGACCAGAAUAUAAAAGAGAAUCUACACCAGACCCCGCAAUUCAGUGUGCUAUCGAUCCUGAGACCCAGGCUAAGAUAGAGGCUUCGACCGAAUCCGACACAGAGGCUGCGACAGAGCCUCCGCAUGAUCCUGUCAAAAAGCCUACAAGAGAAUCCCUAGAGUCUACGGCAGAGCCUACAAUAGAGCAGGCAACAGAGCCUGUAGAAGGGCCCGUGGCGGAGCCUGCCACAGAGCCCACAGCUGAGCCCGCGGUACAGCCUGCGACAAAUCUUACAGGGGAGCCUGCAACGAAGCCUGCGACGAGGCUCACAGAAGACCUCGACAUGGAGCCAGCAAGAGAGUCAGUGGGGCUUGCCGCACAGCCUACAACAGAGCCGACGGCAGAAUCUACGGAGGAGCUUGUGACCGAGCUCGCAGGAAAGCACGUGACGGAGCCUGCAACAAUGCUCAUGGAUGGACCUGCGGCAGGGCUUGCGAUAGAACGCGCUUCCAAGCUGGCGAUACAUCUCGUAGAAGAGCCCAGCAUGGAGCCAGUGAGAGAGUCCGAAGGCUCCAUCGCAGAGCUUGCGGCAGAGCAGGCUGCAGAACCCACGGAGGAAGUCGUGACGGGACUCGCAGAGAAGCCCGUGAUGGAGCCUGCAACAGAGCCCGCGAUAGAGCCCAGAAAAGAGUCCCCGGCAGAAUCAGCAGAAGAGCUUGCAAUAGAGCCGAUACCAGACGUUUCAUCACAUGCUGUCUCAGAGGGAAUGCAGCAGGCAAUAGCAACUGAUGAGGAUCCCCCGCUCCCAACAAUGGCCACACAGCCUCCGCAAAAAAUUGCACUGGACUAUGAAGAGAGUCAAACUCCUCCUUCUGAGGAACAGCCCCCAUUCCGAAGUCUGUCAAGAUUGGACACAGCUCACAUAGGACAGCCUGUGGCGAUUCGAAAUAGGCCAUUCAGUGCGGACGUCUUCACUUCAAACACCAAGAAAGAACCUCCUCUUCCGGACACAGUCACGAUGGAAAACGUAGCAGACGAGCCCUCAGUACAGACAGCGCAAAUGACACGCACUGGCAUGAACGAAGGCAUCCCACCCAAUGUCCUGGAGAAUCCCAUUGUCGAAUCUGAUUCUAUCCCGAACCCCUCAACGGAUAUUCUAGGAAAGGACCCCCCAUCGUCCGAAGAAGAAAAUGAGGGUCUGAACCCCAAAAGCCCAUUAGCAAUAUCGUCUUACACGUCUAACCUCGACAGACCGAAACUUGAAAUUUCGGAAGCUAAAACAUGGAUGGAUGGUCCUGCAGACAUACCAUCAGUUGAUGGUAUAGACGCAGAUGGCGGUAAGGGUACCUCAAGCGACCCUGAAGUACGGGGAGCAACUGGAAUUCAAGGCAUAGAAGGCCAUGAGCAAACAUCAGAAGACACCAACCAAUCCAAAGCAUUGCUGGUGCACUCGUCAGAGGGCGAUGAAUUUUUGGAUGAUAGCAUGACAAACAAAUCCAGCGGCCACCCAUGUACCCAGCUCAAACGUGAUCAGACAAUCAGUGCACUCCAAGGGAUAGCCGGUACUCCAGAGACUGUCGCUGACAGCAGCCCAUCCAAUAUCCAUACCGAAAACAUUGGCGCUGUUGAGCAGCGUUCUUCUACCCUGGCGGCUGCAGUACCAAUGGAGGUAGGUCGAGUGGACCAUGACACGAUCAGAGUUCCCAGUGCGAAGCUGCCUGAGGAAAACCACACCGUUGGCGCAACCGCAAGUGACAGACCUUCCUCCGCGUUGCGAGAUGAACGUGUUGUACCAGCUGCUAAUUCGUCGAACUCGAGUGCCUUUCCGUCAAGCGAAGUUGCUCCCCAAGCUAGUACAGACACCUCUGAUGCUUCAGAAGAUAGACUUGCUUCUGUGAAUGCAGUUUCUACAGACAGUUCAGAGUUGCUGUCAGAAGCUACUGCAGAAGCCCGAGAUGAGGGAGCAGCUGAGAAUUUGGGGCAGUUAACCAACUUGGAUAACGUUACGCCCACAUCGACACCGGUUGACUCAACGAGUCAAGCGAGGCAGGUGGGAUCCCCAGUGACACCUAAGCUUGAACCAGCAGAAAGGCACAACUCGUCAAGUAUCCCAGAAGGUGAUGGUGAAGGGGAAGGAGUAUCGGUCCCGAGUACACAAGCUGUAGCUACGAAUUCGAACCUCACCGAAGAGCCGUCUACCGGUUCCUCAGUCUCUGCAACGGUCAGUAGCACGGAAGAGACAGAAAGAAGAAAGACAGCACAACGCGGGGUUGUAAGAAUUGCGAAAAGUCCAAAACCGUAUGGAGCUAGAGACAUAUCCGCUUCAUCAGCACGAUCUCCGACUACAUGGAAACGCGUUCCCAAAACGUUGCCAAGCGGGGUUGAGAUGAGGGUCCUAUCCCCGAGUACUGGCUCAUCGACAGGAACGCACGCUUCUCCUCGUCUUCCGCGAGUAGCGGAGUUGACCGGGAAAGAAGGCAGAGAAAAGGCAACAGCAAAAUAUCGCCUACCAAGAGGUGCUACAUUUUCCGGGACCCCAACGCACACACAGUCAAGAAGGCUUUCGGCCGUGCACAGAAUCCAGAUUGAUGUUUCGGAUACUGAUUCGACUGCGUCUAUGCCCGUUGUGGCUUCAGCAAAGAACCGCAGCAUGACACGAGCCUCUAGUUUUUCACAGAGUCGCCGUGCAACUUUUUCAGGUGCACAUUCUAGUUCUUCGUCUCAUAAGUUGAAACCUAGCGUGUACGCUCCAUUCGGAAGCAACUCUGGACGCAGGGCUUCAGACCUUCACUCCUCAUUCGGAGCAAGGGCAGGCAGACGCCCGGUUACGGUGUCAUCCUCCGCACCAGCUAGUCCCCGUCCACCCAAGGGACCAGGGUAUGCGAGACCGCCGUUCUCUCCUCUGAAGACACCUCAGAGCAAACCGACGGUUCCACAACCAUUCCGCCUUGCAGGUAUUGAGCUACACGAGAAGCAUUUAGUGCAGCUCGAAGAAGCUAGGAAGCUAGCAGACGAAAGCCAAGCCAGGAGGUAUCGUUUUAGACCAACUCCGUUGCCCGACUUUUACCGCUCGCCAUCCAAACCAGAGACGAAAUAGUAUAGAAGCAUGACUGUACAAAGAACUCGCGAAAGUGACAGAUACCUUUUUUAUCGCCACAAAAGUAUCACAUCUACAUCCUUUAGAAGUGCUCUCGUACAAUGUAUGUGCCCAUGAAUCGCUUGGAGAAGCUUUGAGAGAACAGCAAUAAACGAAAUCGCAUCUACGCAUGUAGGAAUGCUAUCCGAA